CCGCAAGCGCAAAAUAAUUAGGCAAUAGAGGGGCAGAGGCUAGAGAGAGGUGUGGUCAGGUGGGGAGGGAAAGCCCUAUUAGUUGUUAGAGGCGGAACGGUGGCCCAGAUUUAAAGGAGUCUGUGUGAAGUGAGAACCGCUUUUUCUCUCGGCGGUCAGAAGAAGUAUCGGGAACACCAACACAAACACAAACACACACACACACACACACAACACACACUUUCUCACCCACGCAACCCAACCGAGAUCCAAAUUCUCUUUUCUUCUUUCCAACUCUUUAACAGAUUCACCUGCUAAAUGACCAGGUGUAUGGAUAUACCAACAUCACAACUGUUUAUAAUAUAAUGGAUUAAACUACCUAUAUUUGUGCCCUUUAGCUCAAUAUGGCUGAUGGUGCACAUCCAAACGUUUCUCCAGCAUCUGUUAGCAGUCAAGCAGCAGAAGGUACAUGCCUAGUACAAAGUACAUCGGGGCAGAUGCAUAAAUCUGAAUCAUCAGAAGAAUUGCAUCAGAUUGAAUCUGAUACUGGAGAAAAGAAACAAGAAAAAAUCAGUGUGGCAGUCUCCAGCAUUGUUAAUGGCCAGCAGCAACCAUUUUCUGAAACUGCAAGCAAAAAUAAUCUUUCUGAGCGGUUGGGAUUGCCACUGGAAGAGGUGAGAAAGAGUUGUCAAACUGAAAAAGGUUCAUGCUCACAACCAACUACGCUGGAACAUAGGCAUAAAGGGAGUGUUUGCGCUAAAUUAGCAGAAGAACAUCAGCCAGGAUUUGAACAGACAGAUGGAGUUGUAUCUGAGGACGUCUGUACUGAACUAUCAGAACAACAUCAAUCUGGUUGUAAACAUGAUCCAAAUGAACCAUUGCAGAGCAUUACAGCUGUUUCCAGCUCUCUUAUUAGUAAAAAUUUGGACUCAUCUUUUGUAAAUGUUACCGUGAAUUCUCUUAUUGAUGAACUUGUACUUCCUCAGAAAGAUGUGAGCAUGAGUAUUCAGACUGGAAACACUUCUUGCCCUCAACAUGUAAUGUCAGAACAGAUAUAUGAAUGCAAUGCUGGUAAUAUGUGUAUUGAAGCAUCCAAGCAAAAUCAUCAUCUUGGUUCUGACCUCUUACAAAAUGAUCUGGAAGAAACCAGUUCACCAGUGCCUUCCUGUGUUGUCAACGAAAAAUUGGAACACAUUUUGGAAAAUGAGAAUUCGAUUUCUGGUGGACAAUUGGAACUGUCUUCUGAAAAUAUGAGCAAGGAUUGUGAGACUGGAAAAAGUUCGUGCUGUCAACGUACUACAUCUGAGCAGAACUUUGAUUCUUCGAGUAUAUAUAGUGAGCUACCCAUACAAAAAGACCAACUUAUUUCUGUAAAGGUGCAAUAUUUUCCAGUUUCAACUAGAACUGCAGUGUCUAAUAGUAUUUUAACUGAACAUUUGAGGCCUUCUCCUGUACCUGUGAGACAUUUGGAACCAACACUUGGUGAUGUAAACAAGGGCCCAAAUGAUAAGCAACUAGAACCUUCUUCUGGAGAUGUGAACAAAAAGUCUAGCCAUGAACACUUCCAUACACCCCCUAAAAGUGUGAUGAAUAAUUCUAGUCGAUUGGGGCGUAGGGAUAAACGAACUGCAAAAUCAAAAAAGAAGAAGUAUAUGUUAAGAUCAUUGGUAGGCAGCGACAGAGUUCUACGCUCAAGGACACGAGAGAAACCUAACGCUCUUGAAUCAAGUGCUAAUUUGGGAAAUGGUAAUGGGGCAAAGAGAGGAAGGAAGAGGAGAAACAAAAGAGGGAAGAGGAUCAUGGAUGAUGAAUUUUCAAAAAUCAGAAAACAUUUAAGAUAUUUACUCUACCGAAUAGGAUAUGAGCAGAACUUGAUUGAUGCUUAUUCUGGCGAAGGCUGGAAAGGAUACAGCCUAGAAAAGCUAAAGCCAGAAAGAGAACUUCAAAGAGCUACAUCUGAAAUAUUACGACGAAAAUUAAAAAUAAGAGAUCUAUUUCAACGUCUUGAUUCACUAUGUGCAGAAGGAAGGUUUCCAAAUUCUUUGUUCGAUUCUGAAGGGCAGAUUGACAGUGAGGAUAUAUACUGUGCUAAAUGUGAGUCCAAAGACUUAUCUGCUGGUAAUGAUAUAAUACUCUGCGAUGGUGCUUGUGACCGUGGGUUUCAUCAGUUCUGUUUAGAACCACCAUUAUUAAGCGAACACAUUCCCCCGGGAGAUGAGGGUUGGCUAUGCCCUGGAUGCGACUGCAAGUUUGAUUGCAUUGAUUUGCUUAACGAUUCUCAAGGAACAGAUCUUUCAAUUAGUGACAGCUGGGAGAAGGUUUUUCCAGAGGCUGCUGCAGCAGCAGAGGGAAAAAAUAAGGAUCACAACCUUGAACUUCCUUCUGAUGAAUCUGAUGAUGAUGAUUAUGACCCUGACGGUCCAGCAACUGAUGAGAAGGUUCAGGGAGAUGGAUCUAGUUCUAAUGAAUCAAGUUCUAAUGAAUCGGAUUACGCAUCUGCAUCUGAGGAACUUGAGGCUCCAACUAAUAAUGAGCAGCACUUGGGUCUUCCUUCUGAUGAUUCUGAGGAUGAUGAUUAUGAUCCUCAAGCUCCAGAUAUUGAGGAAGGUGUUAAGCAAGAAAGUUCAAGCUCUGACUUCACGUCUGACUCUGAGGAUCUUGCUGUUGCACUUGGUGAUAAUAGGUCUUCUGAAAAUGUAGGCCCCAUGUCACCAUCAUCAAAUUCAGAUCCUAAAAAGACUGCCAGGGAAUCUGAUGGACAAAAUAGGCAUGUUGGAAAAAAUACAUCUUUAAGAAAAGAGCUGUUGUCUAUUCAAGAUGACUCUCUACCUGUUUCAGGGAAAAGACGUAUAGAAAGAUUGGAUUACAAGAAGCUGCAUGAUGAGGAAUAUGGAAAUGUUCCUUCUGACUCAAGCGAUGAUGAAGACUUUACUGACACUGCUGCACCAGAGAAAAGACAGAAAAGUACUGGACAAGUUAAUUCAUUGUCACCAUCUGAAAAUGCUUCAACCACUAAGAAUGUAAAGAUUACAGAGCCUAUAAGUUUUGACAUCAGUGAACAUGCUCCCAAGAGAAGACGUGGUCGAAAAUCUAAGAUAGAAAACAAAAACAAUUCUCCAAGUAAAUCACUUGAAGGCUCUUCUAAGUCUGCUUCUACUAGUGGAAAAGGUAGACCAUCAUCACACAGGAGACUUGGGGAAGCUGCAACUGAGAGACUCUACAAGUCUUUUAAGGAAAAUCAAUAUCCAGACCGAGCGACAAAAGAAAGUUUGGCCCAAGAGCUAGGAAUCACAUCUCAUCAGGUCAGCAAAUGGUUUGAAAAUGUUCGUUGGAGUGUUCGCCAUUCAUCAUCUGCAGCAGAAGGUAGAAGUGCUUCAAAUACUGGCACUGCCUCACCUCAAACAAAUGCCAUACCGAAAUCAGAAAAACAAAAAAACAUCCAAAAUUCCACUCAAAGUGGAGCCAACAACAAGAAAUUACCCAGGACAGGUGAUGGACAAAACUCCACUAUCCCCAACACUAGAAAAAGAAAGGGUAGAUCAGUUAAUCAGGCAUCAGAUAUAGACUCAAGAAUAGAGACACCAAAACCCCAAGCUGUACUAGAAACUCCUGAAUCAGGUGGCAGAACUAAGACAAGAAGAAGAAGAAAAUCUGUUAUUUGAAUAUUCAAAAUUUAGAUAUAGGUGAAAUAAUUUUGAGUGGUACACCUUUUUAGAGAGAGAGAGAGAGAGAGAGAGAGAGAAGCCGGCCAUUCCUUGAAGAAUUUAGCCCGAAAUAGAUGCCAUGAUUGUUCUGUAAUUUGAUAAUUUGUCCUCGGUUGUUCGUCUUCAGGUAAUUGCCUUAAUAUGCUCCUCAUAUAGAUCUGUAUAAAGCUUUUCCUGCAAAUCUAGCUCCCCAUUAUCAGUAUCAAAUUCCUUUGCUAACAACUCACCCUGACAUAUUCCUACCCUGAUUUUGAUUGUUUCCCAAGUCGUUAAUAGUCAUUUCAAUGUCAAAUCACUCUUAGUAUAACUUAUAUAAAUUUGUCAAUUUUGGAUA